AGAGGGCGCGUAACUUUGUUAAGAAGCCUACGCACCACUUCAUUUCCCAACUCUCCAAAGCACCCAUCUUUUUACAUUCGUUUCGCCUAAAUGCCCAAAAUUUUUUCUGGAUUUUUCGAAUUUACGGUCUGUUCAAAAUGAGAACUUUGGGGGAGGUUCGGGCCACGCUUGAGAUCGCCAAGCUGAAAGAGGAAGAUCUGCAGAAAACGAUUCACUGUCUGUCUCUGGGAGAGAACGUCUCGUCUGCAGACUACUGCCUGAUGGAGCUGGACGACACACUGUGCAAACACAUAGAAGCGGGUAACAGCCUGGUGAUCAGAGGGGACAAAAAUGAACAUGCCGUGCUGUGUAGCGAUGACAAAACUUACGAUUUGAAGAUCGCAGACACGUCCAACAUGCUGCUCUUUCUGCCAGGAUGCAAAACACCCGAUCAGCUCACCAACACACAGGAGAGCACACAUCUCGUUCAUGCUCAGAUCUGGGGCUUUUGCAACAGCUACUGGGAAGUGAGGAGACAGCGUCCUAAAUUGAAGAAGCUGUUGAGAGUUUUAAGGGAGAAUCCAUAUCUAGGACCUCCCUUAGCGGGGCAGCAAGAGAAUGCUGAAAACACAUACACCAUGGACGAUCUGCUGGAGACGAUUCAAGCCAGUGAAGACGAGCUCAAGAACCACUUGAAGGCCAUCCACGCCUGUCAAAUAAAUGGCUGUUGGCGUGUGCUCGACUCUGACUAUGAGAUGAAGUUGCUUGGUCAUGUGACUCAGCUGGUAGACUCAGAGUCAUGGUCUUGCAACAAGGUUCCACUUCAAACCAGUCUGGAGGAGUUAGGCCCACUUGAGCCCAGAGAGAUGAUUGAGCACUGUUUAAACUGCUAUGGGACACGCUACACUGAAAAUGACGAUGUGUUUUAUUCGCUGGAUGAGGCUAAAGUUUGUCGGGCCACUGCGCUCAUGUUGCUGAAGAAUGCCGUUAAGUUCAACCUGAGGGAAUUUCAGGAGGUGUGGCAGCAGAGCGUACCAGAUGGUAUGAGCACCAGUAUGGACCAGCUCAAGAGUGUUGCCCUGGUGGACCGCACCUCCCGCCCUGAGACCAUCUGUCUUCUGCAGGUCGAAGAUCUCCCAGAGGACACACUGGAGCGCUUUAAUCAUCUUUUCACACUGCGAGAGAAAUGGACAGAAGACGAUAUUACGCCAUAUAUAGCGGACCUUUGCCGAGAGAAACAAACCACGGGAGCGCUGUUGACCAAAUAUGCUCGAUCUUCAAUGCAAAAUGGCGUCAAGGUGUUCAACUCCAGAAGGCCUAUUGCAACUUGACAUCAUCCUCAUGCCUUCCAUCACUUCUCUGUUUAAAAGUGUUCAUAAUUAUUGAUCCUGAGUUUUGGCAUUUACAAACUGUUGGGGCGUCUCCAGGUCACUUGAAUUUUAGCUGUUUGUAUAAAAUAAUUGUAAUACAUUUUUGCCAUAAA